UGCUCAGCAACAGCGGCUUGAUCCUGGGGCUAUAAAACCAGUCCACAGUGAGGGAAGACAACAGUACUGGUUCCCGUUCUGUUGGAGACGCCAAGAGGCGCGCCACUGUACCGGCUCCCUGGACAUCCAGCCUGGAUCACUCACUCCUCUUCGAUUCAAGUCCGCUUGCCCCAAUUCCACCGAGGCCCAAUCCGCGUCUAACUUGAGACUCGAGCUAGGGUGCUGUCCAACCAACCUUGGCGCCUGGACUAGGCAGCACCCGGGCGCAGAAAAACGCCCCGGCAACAGCUAACAAAGGAUAGUUUUUCUUCACCCGACAAUGUGAGGAAGGGGACCACUUCUCGCUCCCCAUGUCCCAUGCCCAAUUUCCACUGCCACUGGGAGUCUUCAAGGUCCACCUGUACAACCCAUUGGGGCGCGCAAGUUUGGAGAUCUCUAGGCGGGGAUCUGAAGAGAAAGAAGCUGACUCGGGCCUUCCCUGCAUCGUUGUCCUGUGGAGGAGAGAAAUCCAAUAACUGUUUAAAGGCUUUUAGAAAGCAGAGAAUCAGUUCUCUCUUCUCCCUCAACUCUCUAUCUUCCUGGCAACACCGGAGCCCGCAGGCCCCUUUUCUGAGACCUGAGUGGGGGGCGGGGUUCCUAUUGAGCAGCCUUCACCACGGUAAGACAGACUUGCUUUCCACUCCAGAUUUGAAGUAAAGAGCCAUAUAUUUGUUGCCACCCUUCCAAAUAAAAAGGGCACAGAUUCUCCUCUUUUUUCUCCCCUCAUCUCUUUCCUCUUGGAGAAUCAGCAUUUCUCCCCCUGCUUGGCCCUGCGUUUGGAAAUAAAACUUGGAUUUACUGAGUAGGGAGUGGGAGAAAAAGGGAAAGAGAAGCCGCCCGGAGCUUGGGCUUGGUAGCCCACGGUGAGGUUGGGGCUAUUGUGAUCUUCCCGGUAGCUGCUUCGGGCUAAAAGGAGGACUGAGACCAUGGGCAGUUAGCUGUAUUCAUAGCACUUCUCCAGAUUCCCUCCUCUCUUUCCCCACUUUUCUGGAUCCCCUUCUCCCAAAAGCAGCUCCUCAUGUGAGCCACCAAGAGCUUUCUUGGGGUGGGGGUGGGGGUAAGGGAAGAGAACUGACAUCUCGGAGGAGAAAGGAGGACAGAGUUGGGACUGAGUGGAGGGGAGGAGGAGCUUGUUUUCAUGUUACACCAGGAGCACCCGCUGGCGGAGGGGAGUUUCGCCCCUAUGGGGUCCCUUCAGCCGGACUCUGGCAAUGGAAGUUUAAACGGAACUGGGUCCUGGCAGACUCCUUAUUCACUGCAGGUGACCCUGACCCUUGUCAGCUUGGCUGGGCUGCUCAUGCUGCUAACUGUGUUCGGCAACGUGCUGGUCAUCAUCGCAGUGUUCACCAGUCGAGCCCUCAAGGCGCCCCAGAACCUAUUCUUGGUGUCUCUGGCCUCGGCUGACAUCCUUGUGGCCACGCUGGUCAUCCCUUUCUCGCUGGCCAACGAGGUGAUGGGUUACUGGUACUUCGGCAAGGUGUGGUGUGAAAUCUACCUGGCGCUGGACGUACUCUUCUGUACGUCCAGCAUUGUUCACCUGUGCGCUAUUAGCCUAGACCGCUACUGGUCCAUCACCCAAGCGAUCGAGUACAACCUGAAGCGGACGCCCCGACGCAUCAAGGCCAUCAUCUUCACCGUGUGGGUCAUCUCGGCCGUCAUCUCCUUCCCACCCCUCAUCUCCAUCGAGAAGAAGGGAGGUGGCGAGCAGGUGGAGCCCCGGUGUGUAAUCAACGACCAGAAGUGGUAUGUUGUCUCCUCCUCCAUCGGUUCCUUCUUUGCCCCCUGCCUCAUCAUGAUCCUAGUGUACGUACGUAUCUAUCAGAUUGCCAAGCGUCGCACCCGGGUGCCGCCCAGCCGACGCAGCGACGGCAGCGAGGCUGCUGAGCGCCGUCCCAACGGGCUUCCAGACCGAGGGUGUGGGGAGGGCCAGCCUCUGCCCGCCAAGCUGAACGGGGCGGGAGAGCCAGUCCCACCUGAGCAGGAGGUGAACGGUCUGGACUUGGAGGAAAGCUCCUCAUCAGAGCACCCAGAGCAGACCCCGGGCCCCCCUGGUCCCCGGAAAGGGGAGCGGGCCCCCAGGGGAAAGAGCAAGACAAAAAUGAGCCAGGUGAAGCCCGGUGACAGCCUGCCCCGGAGAGGGGGUGAAGAAGAGAGGGGCGCCAAAGCGUCUCGCUGGCGAGGGCGCCAGAACCGUGAGAAGCGCUUCACCUUUGUGCUAGCCGUAGUGAUCGGGGUCUUCGUGGUCUGUUGGUUUCCCUUCUUCUUCACCUACACGCUCACAGCAGUCUGCUGCUCCGUCCCCCGCACACUCUUCAAGUUCUUCUUCUGGUUUGGUUACUGCAACAGCUCACUCAACCCAAUCAUCUACACAAUCUUCAACCAUGACUUCCGCCGGGCCUUCAAGAAAAUCCUUUGCCGGGUGGAUAGGAAGCGCAUCGUGUGAAGUGAAGCUGAUACCCCACAUGCCUCCACCCCCUCCUCUCCUCACUCAGUCCCUGCAGUGCCCCCAGCCCUGCCCAGCCUUGGCCUCUUGCUUGUCUUUUCCCACCCUAGGGAUCACUGGCGAGCUGGGAGGAUUCCUGCUUUGAGGGAUGAAGCCCUGUCUCCACCCUUGGAAUAGAGACCAGGCAGAGAGAGAACACUCUGACCAGGGCAGACUAACGGACAGACGGACUCAAGUAGGCGAAAGAUGACACUAUGGGAACAGUACUUGCACAGGCACCAGACUCUGUGUAAAGAGACUCAUUGUUAACCCAGAUGUAUAGGGCUCUACAGCCACUAAGGAUCCUUCCUGAUUCCAAAACUUCGGUGUUCUGCAAAGCCUAGCUUGCCUUCCCAGAAGUGGAUAGCAUCAGCAUUCACUCAUUGUGAAGUUCCAGUUGGGAAAACCUUCUUUGCUCCAGAUCAUUUCAGGCCCCAGUUAGAGACCUACAGCUGACCUUCGGCUGCAUGCUACUCCAUAGGGCAGUAUUGUUUCCAAAAGAUAUUUCCCUUUAAGGUGUUGCCCCAGACACCAGAAGCUAGGCUCAAAUUCCACUUUGUGCUUGGGAAAAGAGAAAGUUGGAAUUCUUACAAAGAGUUAAUUAAUUGGGCAGUCGCAGCCAGGCUUUUUGCCAGGGCUAAUUGCCCUUUUCCCUCAUGAUUGUAAAUGUGCACUCUUUAAAAAAUAGUAAACAUGGGGUUACCUGUAUCAUGUUGUAACUGAUUGGUGUUGAUAUCGGUGUUUGAAUUUCUACCGCUGGACUCAUCUGCGAGAAGGAACUAUUGUCUCUCCCAGAAAGUAAAGCUCUUUGGCAGUGUAAGGUGGUUGUUACUGGGCUGUUUUUUUUUUUUUUUGGCUCCCUCCCCCUUUUAAAAAUCCUCUGGUGUCUUUUUCACCAGCAACUGGUGAUUAUCCCUGUGGAUCUGGAUGUGGUUUGAUAUUUCCUGACAGGGAAAUAUUUCUGUACAUUUUCCCUGUGCCUAACAGCAUAAUUGCCUUUUCCGAUGUAAAUAUUACAGUAAUAAAUCAAGGCAGAGUUAAAGGAACUCCUGACUUACCUUGAGCCUCCCCAUGACAUUAUUUCAUUCCUAGAAUUGCAGCCUCAAAAUUUUCAUUUGAAAACAGGACUCAUCACCCCAUUCUUUUCACCAUGAAAGCAACUAUUUAUAUACAAUAUAUAUAUAUAAACCCUCACCAGUGGACACUGACUAAUGGGGAAGAGGGAGCACUUUAACUCCUGUCUUCAGAGACAGAGGGGUAGAAAUUAUGUGGGCAAAGCAACCUUGUUACAACCUGCCCAAGGCAAACAAUUUGAAAAGACAAUUGGACCUGCCUGCCGAAUUGUACAGCUACCGACAAAAGAAUUUCUCAGCGUCAAAAGUAUCGUCCUUUUUCUGCUUUCCUUGUUCAGACCACAUUGUUUGUAAACUCAGAAGGUGGGGUGUGGAGGUCUGAGACAAAUGUUUACAUCAGCAUUUCUAUACAUGUUCUUUCGAUAUUGAGUCCUCAAGGACUGCUACCAUAUUUCACCAAAUGGGGAAAACAAAG